GGUUCGACGCAGAGGACCAACCUGCAAUUCCGACUCUCAGUGGUGGUUUGGGUUCUCCCCGCCCCUACUCCGGCACCUCCCUAGCGCCGCUCUCCGGCGCAAAGCCCGCCCACUGUAUGCGCUGAGCCACCACUUCCGCCCUCACCUCCCUCCAAGCAAGAUGGCUGAGGAACCGGAGUCUUCGCUGCAGCUUCCUCCCUCAAUUGCUGCUGAAGGUGAAGGACCCACGGAGGUCUCCCCAGAAACAGCCACUCCGGAGCCCCCUUCUUCCGCUGCAGUCUCUCCGGGAACAGAAGAACCUGCCGGUGACACCAAGAAGAAAAUUGACAUCCUGCUAAAGGCUGUGGGAGACACUCCUAUAAUGAAAACAAAGAAAUGGGCUGUAGAGCGAACCCGAACCAUCCAAGGACUCAUUGACUUCAUCAAAAAGUUCCUUAAACUGGUGGCUUCAGAACAGUUGUUUAUUUAUGUGAAUCAGUCCUUUGCCCCCUCCCCAGACCAGGAAGUUGGAACCCUCUAUGAGCCCAGCAGCGAGACGCGCGCCGCCAGUCCGCAAGGGAUGGAGCGGACCGAGGUGCUAAAGCCACGCACCCUGGCCGAUCUGAUCCGCAUCCUGCACCAGCUCUUCGCCGGCGAGGAGGUCAAUGUGGAGGAGGUGCAGGCCGUCUUGGAAGCCUACGAGAGCAGCCCCGCCGAGUGGGCAGUGUACGCCAAGUUCGACCAGUACAGAUAUACCCGAAAUCUUGUGGAUCAAGGAAAUGGAAAAUUUAAUCUCAUGAUUCUAUGUUGGGGCGAAGGACAUGGCAGCAGUAUCCACGAUCACACUGACUCCCACUGCUUUCUGAAGAUGCUGCAGGGAAAUCUAAAGGAGACAUUAUUUGCCUGGCCUGACAAAAAAUCCAAUGAGAUGAUCAAGAAGUCUGAAAGAAUCUUGAGGGAAAACCAGUGUGCCUACAUCAACGAUUCCAUUGGCUUACAUCGAGUAGAGAAUAUUAGCCAUACAGAACCUGCCGUGAGCCUUCACUUGUACAGUCCGCCUUUUGAUACGUGCCAUGCCUUUGAUCAAAGAACAGGACAUAAAAACAAAGUCACCAUGACAUUCCAUAGCAAAUUUGGAAUCAGGACUCCAUUUACAACUUCAGGAUCACUGGAGAACAACUAAGGAGCCCCAGACCCUCUGAGGUUUUACUUUAAGGUCCGGUGAAAGUUUUGCCUUGGACAGGAAGCCCUCCUUCCAUUUGCUGUCCAGUAAUAUACUUUACAAGGCCAAUACUUAGAUCUACUAUAAGACAGAUGCUAAUUAUAAGGCAUUAAGUAAGCAAAUAGUGCCCUGAGCUACUGUAGAAGAAAAAAAUCCCACUAAAGAUAAAAAGGCUUGUGAUUUUAAAGGCCAAAUCAAGUGCUCCACUCAUUUUACCCUCUAAACCCAUUGGAACUAUACUGGGAAUGUGGAUGAAGGUUUUUAUAGUUUUUGGAAACACUGGUCUCUGAACUAUAAUUAGCAAUAAAUAAAAACGACAUGAAACCACUCACCUUGUUACUUGGAGGACUAAAUGUAGAUGUCUUCAUUAUACUUUGUAUGUUCUUAAUAUUUGAAGAGAAGUUUUUGAAUCUGUGCAUUUUAUUUUUUCAAUCUUAUUUUACAAAUUCCUGUUCUAUAAAUAAUAGGGUAUUGUAGAUAGAGAAACUUAAGGCACUUUGCCAUUUGGUAAUGAAAUGAAGGGCAGAAGAUUUAGAAAAAUACAGGUACCCAAACCCACAACAAACCAAAAUUCUAAACUCAUGUCUAAUGUGUCCAGUGGUCAAAGACUUUGUACUGCUGCCAGAAUUGCCAAAUAAUUUUAAUAAAAGUGGAUUUGAACAUAA